AGUUGCGUCUGCGCCACUUUUGCGCAGGAAUGACACAAGCGCGCGCGCGCUCGGGGAAGAGAGAACUCGACCUGUUGGUAUUCAUAUCCAUAUCAGACUGAGAGGAGAGAGAGAGAGAGAGAAGAGAGAGAGAGACACACACACACACACACACACAUACAGAGACUGAGAGAGAGAGAGAGAGAGAGAGAGAGAGAGUUUCUUUUUAAACACCAUUCAGUGAGAGGUGGCCAUUGGCGCUUGAGAGAGAGCUCAUCACCUCAGAGUGUUUUUUUCUCCUGUGGCAGAAGUUGCGUCGCUCAAGCGCAAACUUUUCCCCUUGUCACCACAAGUAUGGAUGUGUUUUAUACAUGUUUUCAGGACUUCAAACGCUGAACCGCGCUGGUUCUUUCACUACUCGUCCCACAUCCACUGUCUGUUUGGUGUAGGCUCGGUGCAGCGGGUUGUGUUUGCGUGGCGCGGCUGUUGGCGUGUGCUGAGUGUGUCCGGUGUAUGUUCACUCCACGGGACUAAGCGCAGUCGGAAGGUGCGAUGAGGCUGCUCGCUUGGAGUUUGCUAAUCCUGAACCAGUGGAUUCUGCGAAAGGUUCAUGGCCUGGAGAAGCAGGUUGGGAAAUCUUUGGAUUACCUGGAGCUAGGCACAGCAGGGUCUGUCCUAAAGCCCCUUCCUUAUGGUGGAGCUGGUGGAGGGGGCAUAGGGGCAGGUGGAGGAGUUAAACCCCCAUUCCAGACCUCCAGGAUAUUCUCCUCUAUGGACCACACACCUAUGAAAACCAAGCCACCCACAUUUGGCUUACCGAACCCAUAUGAUUGGGCCAGGAACCAGUCACAGUUCCUGGAUCAGACAGGCUACCACUCCAAACGCAAACCUCCCCUCAAAACUGCCAUGAAGACCAAAAAGAUCUUCGGCUGGGGCGACUUCUACUUCAGUGUCAAGACCCUGAAGUUCAACCUCCUGGUGACAGGCAAGAUUGUGGACCACGUCAAUGGCACAUUCACUGUCUACUUCCGCCACAACUCGUCGAGCCUAGGCAACGUGUCUGUCAGCAUCGUCCCACCAUCGAAGGUAGUGGAGUUUGAGGUGAUUCAGCAGCAAAGUAUCCUCCAUCAGCCAGAGAUCCAGUUUCACCAGCCUCAUCAGUCAACCAUUGAUCCCAAAGACAUCAAGACCUUCAACUGUCGUGUAGAGUAUGAGAAGACCAACCGCUCUAAGAAGCCCAAACCAUGUCUGUAUGACCCAUCUCAGACCUGCUUCACUGAGCACACCCAAUCCAAUGCUGCCUGGCUCUGUGCCAAGCCCUUCAAAGUCAUCUGCAUCUUCAUCUCCUUUUUCAGCAUCGACUACAAGCUUGUGCAGAAGGUCUGUCCAGACUACAAUUUUCAGAGUGAACAACCUUACUUUGGAUGAAGAGUACCAAAGUGAAUGAAGUAGAGAAUGACCAACAUAUGGGAUGUUGUUAUGUGUUGUGUGUCUCUUCUACUUUCUUAAGGUUAUAUGGAUCCCAUAAGAAAUGGUCAACAUGGUGGACAGUGAGUUUUUACCAAGGUGCUGAGGAGAGGUUUUUGUUCCAAGUUUUCUUUGUACAUAUUGUGAACAAAGCCAACUCAGUUAAGCUCAAUUAAAUGAAUAUUUAUUUAUUGUUUUUGUUGAAUUUUGUCUGUUUGACUGUUAGAAAUUUGGGAAGAAUGAAAGAUACAAAGUGAAUUUUAUAUGACCCUGAGCUCUCAGAAAUGUCAUGACGAUGAUAUUAUAAAUGUAAGGAACAUAGCACUGAUUGUAAUAGAUUCAAAAACUGGAACAGCACCCAGUGAUAUUAUAUUGUGCACCCAGUUUUAAAGCAGCUUAUCAUCACAUCUGCAGAGGAUGUAUAUUACACUGUCAAACUUACAGUGUAAACAAGACACAAAGUGGACAUAGAUACUCUUCAUCAGGAAGGUAUUCUGUUGUCAUUGGGACAUCUAGCAAAUGUUCAACACAGCAUAUGCAACCAGAAAAUACAUAUAUACAUGUAUUCCCAAAAUGUCACUUGAUUUUAGAUUAUAGUCUAUUAAUGGAAGAGGGGGCAUUCUUUCUUCCCAAUAUCUGAAUAAUAUAAUACUACAUAAUAAUAUGAUAAUACUAAUCUUGUUUUGGAUUCUCCUGUUAUCUAAAUAGUAGAACUUGGAUUACAAACAGUUGUUUAAAUGAAUUGUGCAUUAUGAGGAGAUGUUGGUGAUUAAAGCUGCUAUCCUAAAUCUAUGAAAAUGUAUAUGCAUUAGUACAGACUCUGUGCCCUUAUCCACCCUAUAGAUAACCAGUGGAUGAGUGAAAAGUAACGUAUGUAAAGAAAGAGAUCACCAUUAACAUAAUGUGUCUAGUGGAAGAACCAAUUAAAUAUAAAUUAAAUAUUAUUUUUCUAUACUCUGGCUUAAUUUUGACCAGAUACAAAUGCAGAUACAUGGCUGUUAUUGAGUUGUUGACACAUGAAAAUGGUAUAGUCACAUCUCAUAUUAGUCCUUUUAUUUUAUUCUGUUUUGUUUGCGCAGUAAAGCACCAAAAGAUAUUCUCUUAAUUUCUGGACAACCGAUUAGUCUGUGAAACAUGGAGGCUAAAGAAGAACUGAAGUCGCAGGUCUGUGAAUAAAGUAUUGCUUGAUGAUGUGUAUAUUUGACAUUGAAAAUAAUUGUGUGUAAAUAAUCUAUCACAAAAUAAAUAAUUAAAUCUGG